AUGGGGAAAGAUCUUCUGAAUCGUUACACAUCAUACUCGGAAAGUGUGAAACGUCUCUCAAUAAUAUGUGGAAUGUGGCCUUCAGAGAAACCGAGCAUAUUUUACCGAUUGCUUCCGUAUUUUAAUGGUUUCAUACUCUUCAUAAUUUGUUGGGCCGCAACGAAUUUUGUAUAUGUCAAUAUUGAUAACUUAACUCUUGUGAUAAAAGGCCUGAGCAUAUCUCUGGGCUACCUCAAUGGCAUUACCAAGGUAUUGCCGUCAAUAUUCAAGGUGAUUUGUUACAUAAUAUAUCGUGAAGAGGUCAUAGAACUGCUUGAUACGAUGAAUGAACUCUUCAGAAAGCAACAGGGAGAUGAACAGUUACUAUCUCGAAUAUUAUCUCCUUUCACGUUUUUCAACGCACUCUCCGUGCUUCUGAUGUGUGCGGCUGUCAUUGUCCUUGGAAUUUAUUUUAUCACACCCCUCGUAAUAAUGGCCAAUCAAUAUAUUCAGGGUGUAAGACCAAUUCGUUACCUCUUGCCCUAUCCUGCUGUGUUUCCAUACCAUAUCCGAGGUGGAAGUGCACUCUAUCUACUUCACUAUGUGAUGCAGAGUUAUGAAUUGUUCGUUUUUUUCUCCAAUUCGUCUAGCAUCGACAAUCUUUUUGCUUUAUAUUCUUCUCAAAUCAGCGGCCACCUAAGAGCCUUGACUUAUGAGAUGAGACAUUUUACGUUCAAGGUUGGUUAUGAGAAACAGUUCAAAAAACUUGUAACAAUACAUUAGAAAUUGAUACGCUGCUGUGAAAUGGUGCAAGUAAUACAUGGCCCCAUCGUUCUAUCAAUGAUGCUGACGACAUCUAUCAUUCUGUGCUGUAUAAUAUUUCAAAUCAGUCAGAUGAAGACUAUAUCUGUGAAACAGAUGGUAUUUUUCAUUGGAUUUAUGUGCGUCAAACUGCUACAAACUACGAUAUACGCAUUUGCAGGAGCUCUUAUCACAACAGAGUGUGAAAAUUUUCGGGAUGAAGUUUAUGGGACAGGAUGGGAAAAACUUGGAACUAAAACUGCUGCGUAUCACGUUCAAAUUAUUCUCAUGCAGAGACCCAUUCAAAUGAAGGCGUGCAGCUAUAGCUUCAUUUCAGUUAAUGUGCUCACAGGAAUUCUGAAUACAACAUUAUCUUACUUUUUCUUAUUACAAACUUUGGAUGAUGAACAAUAA